AUGUCUGGAAUACGCCCAUUCCCUCGAAAGACUAUUGCCGCAGUUGCUGUCAUUGGCGUCGCUGGAAUGUGCGCUGCACGAAAUACCUCGUUCCACAAUGAAGCAUUUGCUGAGUCCUCAAAGUCUCGUUGGGGUUCUGGGGGCCCUGGCUUUGGCUUUGGCACUAAUGCAAGGAUGGGCACUUACACCCUGCGCCUGGAAAGUUUCCAGCAAGUGAACGAUAACACCAAGCGCCUACGUUUUCAACUACCAGACCCAGCCUCAAAUAUGGGGCUCUACUUGACCUCGUAUAUCUUCACGUUUGAUAAGCCAAAGGAUGCGUUGUUCAACAUAGCCAAGCCUUAUACCCCUAUCAACAAUUUUGAUGAGCCAGGGUACAUUGAGCUUCUAGUCAAAAAAUAUCCUGAUGGCAGGGCAAGCGGAUAUUUGCACUCUCUCCAACCUGGUGAUACGCUGAAAAUCAGAGGACCCUUUCCGGAUUACAAAUGGAAGACCAAUGAAUUCGAAUACGUCAAUCUCAUCGCUGGCGGUGUUGGCAUCGCUCCUAUGUACCAGCUGAUCCAAGGAAUACUGAAUAACCCCGACGACAAAAGCAAGAUCAAGUUGAUUUUUGGAGCCAACACCGACAAGGACCUCCUCAUGAAGGAAGAACUCGAUGCGUUUGAACAACAGUUCCCCGAUCGUUUCAAGGUGGUAUAUACCGUCUCGGACCCGGUCGAGGGUUCCCCGUUCAGAAAGGGAAGGAUCACCAAGGAGUUACUAGAAAAGGAAUUGGUGGGUCCGAAAGAUAGUAAGACCACCAAGAUCUUCUUGUGUGGGCCUCCUGCCAUGGAGGCGGCAAUUCAUGGAAGACAAGGGUGGAUUUCACUUCGGAAGGGAGUCCUAGAAGAGCUUGGGUACACUAGAAGUCGGAUUCACAGGUUCUAA